AUGACGAGCUUGGAGGUAAAAGAAGCUUCGCUUGACAGGACUCUCACCGGACCUCAAGCCACCUACCAAAGACUUGGCCUCGGGCUCCACCGUCCUCCAGAGGGCGGUGAAGACCGAAGUCAAGGCAUCCGGCUCGGAUCCCACAGCCAGCCUGUGGAGUUUGAGGCUGAGGUCUCUGGCUUGGGCCCUUAAGGCCCUGGCUGGAGACUCUGCCUCAGACUCCAGUGGCGGGGUGUGGUGUUUCGAGAUCGGAAUGUCAGCCCGGCACCUGAAACCCCAGGUCCGGCAGCGGCUCUGACCCUGCCGGACAAAACCAAGUACAAAAGGGGGAGGAGAUUUCUUUAUUAAAAAUCAUGGUUCAGAGUGUCCGGUUCAAUGCCGCCCUCGGAGUACGACGUCGUCCGGCAUCCAUCCCGGCUCGCGUCUCGACCGGCAUCCAUCCCGUCACAUCACUCGACCUGAAACCCUCCCCAUUAGCCCCGCUGAUUUCCUUCCCUUGUGAUCUUGGAACCCUCCAAAUCUGGAGCGUCCUGGACCCCUUCCUCUAA